UUUUUCAACUCUCUCCUCUUCUGCUUAAAACCCACAUUUUUAAACAUAAAAACAAAAGCAAAAUCCUUUGUAUCGAAUGAUAAUGAGGAAACUGCCUCUGUUUCUACUCCUUUUCUUCUUCUGGCUGAAACUCGCCUCUUCUCUUUCCCCCGACUGCCUUCCUCUCCUCUCUUUGAAAUCCGCCGUCUACAAUUCCCAAGCCUUGUCGUCAACGUUCUCCGACUGGAACGAGAACGACACCACGCCGUGCAAUUGGUCCGGCGUUUACUGCACGAACAUAACGGGGUCCCCCGAGACACGUGUCGUCGGAAUUUCACUCCCCGGGAAGAAUCUCCGGGCGUAUAUUCCGUCUGAGCUCGGGACUUUGAUCUAUCUCCGGAAACUAAGUCUUCGGAACAAUCGCUUUUUCGGUUCUAUACCCGACCAAUUGUUCGACGCGACGACGCUUCGUAGCUUGUUUUUGUAUGGUAACAACUUGUCCGGUCCGCUUCCUCCGUCGAUCUGCAACGUUUCCGUUUUGCAAAACGUUGAUCUCUCUGGUAAUUCGUUGUCGGGUUCUUUGCUUGAGAAUCUCAAGGAUUGUAAGCAGUUGAGGAAGCUGGUUCUGGCUCGGAACAAGUUUUCUGGUGAAAUUCCCGAUGGAAUUUGGCCGGGAUUGAACAAUUUGGUCCAACUCGAUCUUUCUUCAAAUGAAUUCAACGGAUCGAUCCCUGGUAACAUUGGGAAAUUAAAGUCAUUAUCGGGUACUCUCAACUUGUCUUACAAUCGCUUGUCCGGUAAGCUACCGAUAAGCUUAGGUGACUUGCCGGUUACCGUCGGUUUUGAUCUUAGAAACAACAAUAUACGUGGGGAAAUACCCGGAAAAGGAUCGUUUGCAAAUCAAGGUCCAACGGCGUUUCUCAAUAACCCUUUGUUAUGUGGGUUUCCUCUUCAAAAAUCAUGUGAGAACCCCAUUUUAAGUCCUUCAGGAAGUCAAAAUUCAGGUCCGAAAUCCGGUGGAACUGAGAAAAAAGAGCUCAGCCAUGGGUUAAUUGUUUUAAUCUCGGUGGCUAAUGCCGCCGGUGUGGUUUUCGUUGGAUUGAUUAUAGUUUACAUUUACUGGAAAAGGAAAGACUCUUCGAAUAGCUGUAGUUGUACCGGGGAAACCAAGUUUGGACGAAAAGGCAAAGGGAAACUCUGUUCCUUUACUUCAUUAGCCUGCACUGAUCGGUUUCGGAAGGAAGACUCGGAAUUCGAAGACCACGAAAGAGUAGAAGGGAAACUCGUCGCCAUCGAUAAAUCGUUCACCUUCGAACUUGACGAGCUGCUUAGAGCGUCGGCCUAUGUGCUGGGGAAGAGCGGGCUCGGGAUAGUGUACAAAGUGGUGCUUGGAAACGGCGUGCCGGUGGUUGUAAGGAGAUUAGGUGAGGGUGGAGAGCAGAGGUAUAAGGAGUUUGUGGCUGAUGUUCAAUCUAUUGGGAAAGUUAAACAUCCGAAUAUUGUGAGGUUGAGAGCUUACUAUUGGGCUCCUGGUGAGAAGCUUCUCAUCAGUGAUUUCAUCCCCAAUGGCAAUUUGGCCAAUGCCAUUAGAGGCAGAAAUGGUCAGUCAACAACAAUCCUCUCAUGGUCGAUAAGGCUGAAAAUCGCAAAGGGAGCAGCCGGCGGCUUGGCCUAUCUUCAUGAAUGCAGUCCGAGAAUAUUUGUACACGGAGAUGUCAAACCUUCUAACGUUCACCUCGAUAACGACUACGGGCCUUACAUCUCUGAUUUCGGCCUCAACAGACUCAUUACCAUCACCAGUACUAAUCCCUCUUCAGCCGGCGGCUUCAUCGGGGGACUAUCUUACAAAUCAAUCCGAACGGAAGGAACCAACGAUCAUCGAGCACCGGAGGCUAGAGCCCCCGGCGACCGACCGACGCAAAAAUGGGACGUGUAUUCAUUUGGAGUCAUCGUACUUGAACUGCUGACGGGGAAGUCUCCUGAACUAUCGUCAACCACAACGACUUCCGUCAAAGUCCCGGACCUCGUAAAGUGGUUGAGGAAAGGAUUCGACGAAGGUAUCCCGUUGUCGGACAUGAUCGAUCCCAUGUUGGCAGAAGAAGUGCAGGCGAAAGAGGAAAUGUUGGCGGUUUUUCACGUAGCUCUUGCAUGUACUGAGGUAGACGCCGAGGUUCGACCAAGGAUGAAAACUGGUUCCGAGAAUCUUGAAAGAAUUGGAACAUAGUUAAAGAUGUGAAAAAACAAGAACAAAUCAUUGUGGAUUUCGUAUUCAGUUCUCCUGAAUGGCUCACAAAUAGGUCCAAAGUUUUGCUGAAAAUUCAUUUGUUAUUGAAGACCAAUGCG